GUUGGCGAGGAGUUUCCUGUUUCCCUCCCGGCGCCCGGGUAAAGUUGAUGAGUGAGUCACUCCGCGCACCGACCAACGACACCCCCCGCGCGCGCACACGCUAGCCCGGGGACUGAGCCGGAGCCUGCUGCGCAGCUCCCCUCGGCCGCCGGGGGCCUCCUCCCGGCCUCCAGGCUCCCCGGUCGCCUGCCAGCUGCGCGCCACAUCUGGUCCGCACCUCUGCUCCGCGCUCCCAGAACGGGGACCGGAGAGGACGAGGAGCAGAGACGCAGCCCCGGGUCCCGGCGGCUCGGUCCGCGGCGCCCCAGGGGCCGGUCUAUGACUAGCGCCCGGGGCUGCCAUGGGUCGGGGGCUGCUCCGGGGCCUGUGGCCGCUGCACAUCGUCCUGUGGACGCGCAUCGCCAGCACGAUCCCACCGCAAGUUCCCAAGUCGGUUAACGAUGACAUGAUAGCCAGUGACAACAGUGGUGCCGUCAAGAUUUCACAACUAUGCAAGUUUUGUGAUGUGAGAUCUUCCACCUGUGACAACCAGAAAACCUGCAUGAGCAACUGCAGCAUCACAUCCAUCUGUGAGAAGCCGUAUGAAGUCUGCGUGGCCGUGUGGAGGAAGAAUGAUGAAAAUAUAACACUAGAAACAGUGUGCCAUGACCCCAAGCUCAAGUACCACGGAUUUAUUCUAGAAGACGCAACUUCACCAAAGUGCAUCAUGAAAGAAAAGAAAGUUCUGGGCGAGACUUUCUUCAUGUGCUCCUGUAACACGGAGGAGUGCAAUGACUACAUCAUCUUCUCAGAAGAAUAUACUGCCAGCAGUCCUGACCUGUUGUUAGUCAUAAUUCAAGUGACGGGUGUUAGCCUCCUGCCUCCACUGGGCAUUGCCAUAGCUGUCAUCAUCAUCUUCUACUGUUAUCGUGUCCACCGGCAGCAGAAGCUGAGCCCAUCCUGGGAAAGCAGCAAGCCCCGAAAGCUCAUGGAGUUCAGUGAGCACUGUGCCAUCAUCCUGGAAGAUGACCGCUCUGAUAUCAGCUCCACGUGCGCCAACAACAUCAACCACAACACGGAACUCCUGCCCAUUGAGCUGGACACGCUGGUGGGGAAGGGCCGUUUCGCCGAGGUCUACAAGGCCAAGCUAAAACAGAACACGUCAGAGCAGUUUGAGACCGUGGCCGUCAAGAUCUUCCCCUACGAGGAGUAUGCUUCCUGGAAAACAGAGAAAGACAUCUUCUCAGAUAUCAACCUGAAACAUGAGAACAUCCUCCAGUUCCUUACCGCCGAGGAGCGGAAGACAGAGUUGGGAAAGCAGUACUGGCUGAUCACCGCAUUCCAUGCCAAGGGCAACCUCCAGGAGUAUCUCACCAGGCAUGUCAUCAGCUGGGAGGACCUGCGGAAGCUGGGUAGCUCCCUGGCUCGGGGCAUUGCUCACCUCCACAGUGAUCACACCCCGUGUGGGAGGCCCAAGAUGCCCAUUGUUCACAGGGACCUCAAGAGCUCCAACAUCCUCGUGAAGAAUGACCUGACCUGUUGCCUGUGUGACUUUGGACUGUCCCUGCGCCUGGACCCUACCCUGUCUGUGGAUGAUCUGGCCAACAGUGGACAGGUGGGAACUGCAAGAUACAUGGCACCUGAAGUUCUAGAAUCCAGGAUGAAUUUGGAGAACGUCGAGUCCUUUAAGCAGACAGAUGUCUACUCCAUGGCUCUAGUGCUCUGGGAAAUGACAUCUCGCUGCAAUGCGGUGGGAGAAGUGAAAGAUUACGAGCCUCCAUUUGGUUCCAAGGUGAGGGAGCACCCCUGCGUGGAAAGCAUGAAGGACAACGUACUAAGAGAUCGAGGACGACCCGAAAUUCCAAGCUUCUGGCUCAACCACCAGGGCAUCCAGAACGUAUGCGAGACACUGACCGAGUGCUGGGACCAUGACCCAGAGGCCCGCCUCACAGCCCAGUGUGUGGCAGAGCGCUUCAGUGAGCUAGAGCACCUGGACAGGCUUUCUGGGAGGACCUGCUCUGAAGAGAAGAUUCCAGAAGAUGGCUCGCUGAACACUACCAAAUAGCUCUUCUUGGCAGCCUGGGCCAAGCCUACAGAGGCCGCCCUCUCACCAAAGAGCAGAGGCAGCAGAAUGAUGCCCUGAUGGAUGCUUCCAGAAGAUCAGGGACCUGCUUCUUCCCUGUCAGCUGCCUGAUGUUCAGAAACAGCAUCAGCAACAGGGAAUGAGGGGCAGAGAGCAUUCUGUGCCUUUGAUGUCAUGGGAUAAGCUGCGUCAGCACUUCCUCAGGAAAUGAGAUUGAUUUUUUUACAACAGCCAAUAACAUUUGCACUUUAUUAAUGCCUGUAUAUAAAUAUGGAAUAGCUAUGUUUUAUAUAUAUCUAUAUAUGUCUAUAUCUAUAUCUAUAGCCAUACUCUGCAAAGAGACAAGAAAAAAAGAUCAACUAUUCCCAAGAAAUCGGUUUUUAUUGGACAGCUGCAGAACCGAGAGGAGAAGGGACACCCGACAGCAUUAGCACUUGACAAUCAUACGUGUGACAGUUCCCUAUCGAUGAGGUAGGGCACCCUUGCUUGAGGGGAAAGACCCAUGCCUUCCAAGCCUGCUUUGGCCAAGAUGUACAGGGCGCUAAGUUCCAGCCCACUACUGUGCCCCGGGGGUUCUCGUGUGCUACUGUUUCUCUUGAUUUUGUGUCUAAUCCUCAAGCCCCACAUCUGAAACUUCUCCCUCAACCUAGAAACUUGGUCCUGUCUUUUACUUCCAAAGACUUCAGAAAAUCAAAAAGGAUAACUUCUUCAUCCAUGAAAUUAUCCCCCCAUCUACUAAUGAAGUUGGGCUCUUUAGAAUUUCUCCUCUACCUACAUUGCUAUUAUUCAUUCCCAGCCUUCAUCCUUUUUUUACAGUGACACCGCCAGCCCCAGCUCCUGGGCUUCAUUGUGUUGAAUUUUGUGUCACACUCCUGCUGGAGCCUCCAGCUUGCCUUGACAACACCAGUGGGUUGAACUUUUGUUUCACUUGGUCAGCAGUGUUUGAAAAAGUUGAGCUGCUUUGUAAAUAUUUGGAGGUGUUGCAGACAAAUCUAGGUUCCAGUUAAGAGGAGACUCCCUCUAAGCAGCCUCACUUACAACGGGAAGGCUGGGACUUGCUUACGAAGCUGCUGCAUUUCCCACUAUCAGCAUCUGGCUUUCCCACUCCCCAUGUCUACCCAAGUCUGGAAAUAAAACCAAGCCCCAGGCACAAUCCCCUGCAAGAAAUCUGCCUUCAUGAGGUUGUGGAGAUAGCUCAGUCAGUAAACUGUUUGCCUUGUAAGCAAGCAGAGCUGAGUUCAAUCCCCCAGAACCCACCAAAAUAAGCUGGAUGUGGCACACGCUUGUAAUCGCAACAGCUGGGAGAUGAACACAGGCAGAUCCCUGCAACUCACUGGCUAGCCAGUGUUGUCUGAUUGGCCAGGCCAGUUCCAUGUCUGUAAGAGACUCCUGUCUUAAAAAAUAAGGUGAAAAGCCUCCUGAAGAACAGUACUGGACAUUGACCUCUGGCCUCCACACACACCUGCAUCCACACGUGCAUCACACACACACUAAAAAUAUACAUUCAUGCCAUCUUUCUCUGGUUCUGAAUUGCACUUGUCUAUGUAGUCUGGUAUUUGGAUUUGAAGCUGACUAUUCAUUGGACCUCAGGAGCCCUCCUGUAUGUGGUCCUGGUUGAACCAAGUCUCUUUUGCUUACACAUUAAGAGUUCCCUCUGCAAGGAGGACUCUUUUAAGAAGCUUUCCUCAUGGCUAUCAGUCUCUGCACAGUCCCAACCUUUGCAGAAAUUACUAGUGAGGAUUGGAAUGGGGUCACAGAAGAUUCCCAUGUACAGUCAGGAAAUGUGUGUCCACUUGGACAAGAGCAAAAAAAAAAAGAGCUUUAAUAGGAAUCUUGUUAACCUAUGAACAGCUGUGGAUGUUACAAGUAACAGUCUCUUUUUAAAAAUGUUUUUGAAGCUACUUAUUUUCAGCCAAAUACGAAUAUGAGCGAGUGACCAGUAGGGAGCACGUAGCUCUGUUUGGAUUGUGGGAAGCCUCAUUUACUGAGGUUUUUAGGAUACACACUCAAGUUGGAGGUGGAAAAACUUGUUCACUUCCUGCAUCUUGGAAACCCCAAAGAUCCUACUUGCACCUUAGGACUUGCUGGUGGCAUCCCAAUAGCUGUUGCUCAGCGCCCUCUAGUGGUAAAUUUAUAGAUUACUGGUCCACUAACGGGGAUUUCUGGGGUUCAAAUGUUUUCACUUCCAGGUCAUUAUCAGCAUAAACUGGAACGCAGUAUCAUGAUACUGUGGCUUGUUUUGUUUAUGUCAUUAUUACUUUUUCUUAUUCAAGAAAAGACCAAGGAAUAACAUUUCUGUAGUUCCUAAAAAUACUGACUUUUGUUCACUACUAUGCAUAAAUGGAAAGUUUUAUUCUUUUAUGGAACACUUCAGCCAUACUCAUGUAUUAAAAUAGGAAUGUGAACUCGCAAUACUCUUUUUAUAUAAAAAAAUCUCAAGCACUUAUUUUCAUUCUAUUCAUUGUUUGUCUUUUAUAUAAAUAAGAAUGUUUAUUAGAUUAAAUAAAACAAAAGUCCUCAGGC